UCUUAGUCCCUUUUCUUCUUCUUUUCUCUCUCCUCUUUUUUUUUUCUCUCUCUCCGGCGAAAUGGAACCAAAGUGGAGCACCAUUCUCGCGCCUUCUUCAAUUUUCUCCGGCUUCGACGAUCUCAAGUGGAUCACAACGGAAUUCGAUCACGAACUUUUCACGAAGCGUCCAAUUGCCGGAGGAAUCGAAACAGCAAACGAAUCAGCGAACGACAACGACGUGAAACCGUUUAAGGUGGAUCCGUUCACCGUCGUUGGCGAUGUUUGCUCCGGUAACCUCGCUGACGCCGCCGAUUUUCAAAAUCUGGAUGCAGUAACUUCAUUUUCGACUUGUGGUGAAGCUACAAAUAGUACUUUUGUAUCCUCUCAAAACCUCACUUCCAAGCAUUCCACCAUCACUCCAACUAUUGAUUCACAAUCAUCCAUUUCUGCUACCGUAACAAGCCCAGUGUCAGCUAAUAAACCAACAAAUCAAGCGAAAGGGGUUAUUACUACAAGUGGUUCCUCACGUGAUCCUUCUGAUGAAGAUGAUGAAGCUGGUCCUUGUGAACAAAGCACCAAUCCCAUUGAUAUGAAGCGCCUUAGAAGAAAAGUUUCUAAUCGCGAAUCUGCCCGAAGGUCUAGAAGAAGAAAACAAGCCCAUUUGACAGACCUGGAGGUUCAGGUUGAACAGCUGAGGUUGGAAAAUGCAAGCCUAUUUAAGCAGCUUACAGAUGCUAGCCAACAAUUUCGUGAAGCUAACACUAAUAACCGAGUGUUAAAAUCAGAUGUUGAAGCUUUGAGAGCUAAGGUGAAGUUAGCAGAGGAUAUGGUAUCUAGGGGCACUUUACCGACAUUUAACAACCAACUUCUCCAAAAUCAGAAUCAAUUGAACACCACAUCACCACAAAUCAACACUAGUAAUCUCCGCUGCAUGCAACAUGUUUCGCCGACCAUAACCAUCCAUGGAAAUAUUGCUUCAUAUGGUGUUAGUGGACAUAACUCAGCUAUUGGACUUGGAGAUUUUGAUAUAACUUGCAAUGAUUUCAACAAUGGAGUCAAUAGCGAUGCUGUUAGCUCUUUGACUAGUAUAUGGCCUUAACUAUUAGAUUAAUGGUUGUGUCUCCCUUGUUUUAUAUUUUUAGAUUUGCAUGUUAUGUUAUAGAAAAUACUAUUUUCUAUGAAAGACUAUAAUAUAUAUACUUGCUUGGUGUAUGUGUCAAAUGGUUCAUCUUUAGUAUCCUUCCUCUUGAUUAUUUGUUAAACUUAGUUACU